GAAAGAUUAUUUUGAUAAUAUUAUAGAGCAUAAAAGUAUCUUAUUUUCAAGAUUUUUAGCGCAUAUAAAUCCGGUCUCUAUUUAUAAUACUACCUAUAAGUAGAAUAUUAUAUUCAAUCCUACACAAAACAAUUUAGUAAGUACCACAGAAUACUAGUAUAAGGCCUUCAGUGGGAAAUCAAUCAAGUUAUGACUUUGAAUUCCUGUAAUAUAAAGAUGCCGCAGAAACAUCCAUUUAUGGACUGUAAGUCUCGUAAACUAAGAAUGAAGAGAAUACCAACCACCACCAAACCAAAAGAGAAACUAUUUUGUCCCAGAACUAUGGCAAGAUAUGAUGGAUCGCACCGUGAUUAUCUUACUAAAUGGGUAUACAAGAUGUGUUUGAACAUUUUACUAUGCCAAGAAGCUGUUACAAACCAUUUGGCUAAUUGCAGUGGACAAACUAGACAAUCUAGCCAAGCUCCACCUAAUAAUGAAGAUACUCAUUACAUAUGCAAGUAUUGCGACAAGGUAUUUUCAAGGGGUGUUAAGCUAAAGAAGCAUUUGGAACAACAUGAAAAAUCAUCAAGCCGUCUUGACUCAGAACUAUCUGACAUCGAAAUUGAAGAUCGUCCUAUAAAAACAGAAAAUGCAAGUGAAGAUAACUACCAACGUGAGGAUUAAAAUCCAUGCAUUAACAUUGAUUUGAUUUAAUUUUAUUGUAUUCGUAUUAUUUUUGAUUUUGUGAUGGAUAUUAUUUUAUUUUGACAAUUCCUUACAGCUUACAAUUCGUUGGCUUGGAAAUAAAGAGUUCUAUGUGACAAUAACAAAAUUGUGCGUUUUUAAGAUUCAAAAAUUAAAAUAACGAAAUAUUUGAC